UUUUCCUUACUGUUAUGGAAGUGAGAAUGAUCUAUUAUUGAAGCAGAGAAACACCAUGGAACCUCUGGAUGAGCACCUGGGGAUCCCUUCACCAUCAGACUUCAACUCGUCCCUCCUCUACUCCAACGCGUCACAACAGAACCAGUCCACGCGGAGCGUGCCCUUCCACGGCAGCAGCACCCCCCUCACGGCUGUCAUCUACCUGGUGGUCUUCGUGGUGGGUCUGGCGGGGAACACUCUGGCCAUCUAUGUGGUCGUCCGCUACGCCAAGAUGAAGUGCGUCACCAAUAUCUACAUCCUGAACUUGGCGGUGGCCGACGAGCUCUACAUCCUGGGACUCCCCUUCCUCACCACCCAGAACGUCCUCUCCUACUGGCCCUUCGGCUCCUUCCUGUGCCGCGUGGUCAUGACCGCGGACUCCAUGAAUCAGUUCACAUCCAUCUUCUGUCUGACGGUGAUGUCCAUCGACCGCUACCUGGCAGUCGUGCACCCGAUCCGCAGCACCCGGUGGAGACACCCGCGGGUGGCCCGGAUGGUCAGCGUGCUGAUGUGGGCGCUGUCCUUCGUGGUGGUCCUGCCCGUCUUCAUCUUCUCUGACAUCCAGGAAACAUUUAACUCCUGCAAUAUGAUCUGGCCGGAGCCCAGAGACGUUUGGUCCACGGUUUUCAUUCUCUACACGGCCAUCGUGGGCUUCUUCGGACCUCUGCUGAUCAUCUGCCUCUGCUACCUGCUCAUCGUCAUCAAGGUGAAAUCCUCCGGAGUGCGGGUGGGCUUCACCAAACAACGACGUUCAGAGCGCAAAGUGAACCGGAUGGUGGUGGUGAUCGUGCUGGUGUUCGUGCUCUGCUGGCUUCCAUUCUUCAUCAUCAACAUCGUCAACCUGGUUGUCAUCAUUCCUGAGUCCAACGUCACUGCAGGGAUCUACUUCUUUGUUGUCAUCCUGUCGUACGCCAACUCCUGUGCCAACCCUCUGCUGUACUGCUUCCUGUCUGACAACUUGAAGCAGAGCUUCCUAAAAGUUCUGGGUGUCAGCAGGUGCAAAACCAACGGUGACAACACUCAAGACCCCAGAGCUCCACCGACAAGCUGUCCUGCGUAUCCUCGGAGUGCAGGAAUACAGCUCUCCACCCUGAAUCGCACCAGUAAUGAUCCCAUGAGCAGCAAGAUUUCUCCGCAGCCCACCGACUCACCAACAUCUCACACCGCUGGCCACCUGCGCUGCUGCAUGUCUCAAUGUCAACACACCCCUUCUGUCCCUGCACCGUCAACAACUGUGUCGAUGUCAACGGCCGCUCACAGUUUGAGUGUGGCUGAACCUGCCCUGGCGAACACGUGCGCCGGCACCUCCAACGUUCAGUGA